AUGACCUCCACCACCCCCCCAGAAAUCGCCGCACACGUCGAAUCUCUCAUCCCCAAAUUCACCCUCACCCGGCUCCUCAAUUCAGACCAAGCCGGCCGCCGCAUCUCCCUCCUCGGCACCAUCGACUCCCUCCCCGCCCUCCUCCUCUGCGAACGCGCCGCCUUCGACACCUCGCCCACCCACCUCGCCCACUUCCCCACCUCACUCCGCAACAUCCAGAACCUCGGUGCAAACGACAUCUACGCCUGGUUCCUCGCCAACAGCAACCCAGACGCCUUUGACCAGGCCCAACAAGCACCCCCACCAGACUACAAGCUCAACCUCAUCUACCCCUGCACCGAAAAACACAUCAACAAAUACUCGGCCCAGCGCCUGCGCGUCGUCUCCGAGACUCCGGAAAUCUACAAUGCCUAUAUUCGUCCCUACAUGUCUGCUCAGCGCCAAAAGGGCACCCUCAAUUGGGUCUACAACAUCCUCGAGGGCCGCACCGAGCAAGACGAUGUCAUCUAUCGCGCCCCGGCUUCUGCCUCCGCCCGCAACGAAGGCUUCCUCCUACUCCCGGAUUUAAACUGGGAUCGCAAGACCAUGGGCAGCAUGCACCUACUAGGCCUAGUCGAGCGCCGCGACAUCUGGAGCGUGCGGGACCUGAAGCAGAGCAUGGUGGGCUGGGUACGCAGGAUGAGGGAGGAAAUGCUACAGGCGACUGUGGAGUUGUAUCCAGAGAUUGAAAAGGAUGAGAUCAAGUGUUAUGUGCACUACCAACCAACCUACUAUCACUUCCACAUCCACAUCGUCCACGUCUCCCUCGAAGCAGGCUCCACACAAGCAACCGGCAAAGCCCUGGGCCUGGAAAAUAUCAUCUCCCAGCUCGAAACUAUGGGUUGCGUGCAGGCACCAGACACCAACACCGCAGCAACCACCACCACCACCACCCACGACCAACAAAACCACGCCAAUCAACACCCCCAACAAGAAGAACCAGGCAUGCAAAACGCAACGCUAACCUACCACCUCGGCGAGCGCAGCGAUCUCUGGACAAAAAUUUAUCAGCCGUUGAAGGAGGGGCGCGAAGUCGAUGUGUCCGGGUUUUGA